GUGUUCUCAUUUUCUCCUCUCUUGAGACAGUCUCACAUUCACUUAGCCCAGACACUCACUGAGAGUGUUGCAGAUAGGACAUUAGAGCUAUGGAGGUCUUCAUGGAGGCAGCUGCCUACCUUGAGUCACAGCAUAUUCCAGUGGAGGCUGUAGGUGAGCCAAGUCCUGAUCCACUGCAGGAGGAUGUGUUCCCAGAGGAGGAUUUGUUCUCCCCCCACCAGACAGACAGCAUGGACCUGCCCGACACCCCCGUCCUGCGUACCCCUGGAGAGAUGCUGGAUAAGAGGCUCAUGGUGCUGAGAACUAUCCUGGACAGUGAGAAGCUCUUCCUCAACGAGCUGGAGACACUGCUGAUGCCUAUGAAGGCUCUAAAGGCCACAGCAGGGACGUCUCAGCCGGUUCUGUCCAGCCAGCAGGUCCAGAUUGUGUUCUACCAGGUUCCUGAGCUCAGAGACCUGCACAGAGACUUCUACACUGGCAUGAGGGACCGCCUGGGGCACCUGGAGCCACAAGCACACCCUCCGACAGGGUCGGAGCAGGGGGAGGCGAAAGAGCAAGGCCAAAGCGGCUACCAGCUAAUGGUUGGAGACCUCUUCCUAAAGAUUUUGAGCCAGCUAGGUGUGUAUCGUGGAUUCAUUGAUAACUAUGAGAGUGCUGUUGAGAUCGUGAGGAGGUGUACUCAGACUGACCAGCGCUUCAGGAUACUGGCCGAGAGUAUGAUGUCUCAUAAUGGAUCAGACAGAUCUAAAACGAAAUACACCUUUGAGGCUCUCCUGUACAAGCCUCUGGAGAGAAUCACCAAGACAACCCUAGUGCUGCAUGACCUGUUGAAACACACUCCCCAGCAGCAUAGUGACCACCCCGUGCUGCACGAGGUUCUGAGACUGUCCCGGAGCUUCCUGUCUGGGGUCAACGAGGGAUCACAGUGCAAACGAGAGGUCACCCUCAGCAGAGGCAUGCGGCGCCAGCUGAUUCGUGACGGCUUCGUGGUGGAUGUGUGUGAGGGGGGGCGUAACCUUCGCCAUCUCUUCCUGUACACUGACCUGCUGCUGUGCACCAAACUCAAGGGCGGUGCCCAAGGUAAGCAGGCCCAGUACAGGUUCUGUUGGUACCUGCCUCUGGCUGGACUGAAACUCCACUGGGGACCAGAGAUGGAGCGCACUACAGACACACACCACCGCAUACACGCCACGAGAGCCAAGAUGUACCUGCUUAGACACGAGCUGCGACAGACAAUGAAGCUUGUCCCACAGAAGUGCUUGGCAGCUCGUACUAUAGAGCGAAGCAGAUGGAAGAAGAUGGAGCAGCUUGAACUGAUGAUUCUGACACACUCUCCUCUCCUCCCGCUGGAACUACACAGCCCCAGCGGAAAGAGCCACACUUUGGUGAUGUCAUCUCUGUAUGAACUAGAGGAGUGGAGAGAGGCCAUCCACAAACUCACCGGAGAUAACAUAGAAAUGGUUCCUCCAGACCUGCUCACCCUAACCAGCUCCUGUGUCAAACUGAGAAUGACCCAACAGCCUCCCCUUCACAGCAUACUGCCUGGUGAGGAACAGUCUCUAUGUGGGACUCUUAGUGUAGCCGUUCACUCUGCCUGUGGACUACAACAGCCAGCCAGUGUGUAUGUGUGUGUGGAGGUGGAUGGCUUUGAGUUCUAUGAGAGCCAGGCCCAGACCCACUCCUCUGUCAGCAGCCUCAGCCCUCACUGGGAUCAGGAGUUCUCCUUCCAGGUGGAUGGGGCUCAGAACCUCAAGGUGCUGUGUGUGUUGCAGCCAGAGGAAGGAGAGAGCUGUGAGGACCGAGUCCUUUGCAAGACCUCUAUACAGCUGGACCCAGGCCUCCUACAGAAGCGAUGGAGGAGACAGACCCUCUCUCUAGGCCAGGUGGAGGUGACUAUGUCUCUAAAGUACUGCCCUCACCCUCUAGACCCGCCCUGUCUGGUCCCUGCCCAGCAACAGUCCAUCUUCUGCAAGCCCAUUGGAGCUGUGGCACAACAAGAGGGUGUCCUGGUGCCACAUGUGGUGCGUUGCUGUGUGGAGGAGGUGGAACGGAGAGGACUGGAGGAAGUGGGCAUCUAUAGGCUAUCAGCAGCAACCAGUGACAUCACCAACCUCAAGACUGCUUUCAACACCAGUCUGCGUGAGGCAGUGUCCAGGUUGAGGUGUGUAGAUGUGAAUGCUGUCUCAGGUAUACUGAAGCUCUACUUCAGAGAACUCCCUGAACCUCUCAUACCAACAGAACUGUUCCAGAGCUUCACCAAGGCGUUGGACAUCCCAGACCUGAGCUCCAGGAGUGUGACCAUGUUGUCUCUGCUCCAGUCCUGUCCCUCCGUCAACCAAAACACCUUCCUGUUCCUCCUCCACCACCUCAAACGAGUGUCAGACAGACAGAAUGUGAACAAGAUGCCUCUGAUGAACCUGGCCACUGUGUUUGGUCCCAGUCUACUGCGCCCCCCUGUGGCUAUUCUGGGACAGUGCAGCCCGACAGUGGACAUCUCUCAGGAGGUGGAAGUGCAGGUCCAGGUUGUGUAUUUCUAUCUGCAGUGUGACAACCUGCCUGAAGCCCAGACAUGCAUAUCACAUGACACAGAGACCACUGAGGAAGAUGAGACCACCAACAUAUGAACCUUAAACUCCUGGAAACAUCACUGUUGGCCAACAGAGACUCAGGAAAAAAGAGAGAGAGGGGACAUGUAAUCUACAGACAUUGUAAAGAUAAAUAAAUAUAUUUAUUUGUAAA